AUGCGCAGCCCACAUGCGAGCGAUGCGUCCGAAAAGGCAUUUCGGAGUCGUGCGUCUAUCAAUCUCACCUCAUCUGCUCAAAGACCUGUCGAGAAGGAGACCGCUUCUGACCCUCAGAAUGCGAGUUCUCCGGCAGCAGGCCCAAAGGACGAUGGGUUUCUAGGUCCGACUGCGUUCAACGCCGUGUUCAGCGACAACAAAGACUACAUACCGCUCGGUCACGUCGCGGAGUCAUUUGCAAGCGGCGGUAUCCGCCGUCACAACCAAAUUACAGCGCAAUGGCAGAGUCCUCCCUGUGGCGACAAUGGUACCACCAGCAAUGUCAUGGAUCUACUCCUCAAACGACAGCAUCUCGAUAAGUUCAUCGAUGUCCUCCGCCAUGGGAAGGACUGCUGCAGUAUGAUGGUUCCCUGGCUAGAUGACAUUCAAGCCUCAAUCAAGGCAAUGCUCAACACAUACGACAUUACGGCGAACCAGGCUCGGGAGAACCUCAGCGAGACCCUCGACCGCAAUACUAAAUGUCCCAUAUCCCUUCCGACAGACGUGCGCAUGAGGGAUCUGAUUUCAUUCUACGAGCUUCGCUGGGAACUCAUUGGCUUGUAUUUUACUGCGUGUGGACUGGGUCUGAUGGGUCUCAGCGCCGCUACGGAUGCGCUGGAGUUCGUAGGAAGCACGGAGAGUGCUAAGCAGCAGCUGUUCCGGACACUCAACCGAUCUCGCUUUUGGCUUUGCCUCGAUAAUUGUAUCUUUGCGAGCCAGGUACUCGGAGAUUCCGACUACAGUGUUUGGCGCAAACUGGGCGAUAUCUCGACUAUGGUUUUCGCGCAAGGACUCCACGAGGACUCGAAGCCAGCGCCCUUUUGGCUCAAGGAGAUGCGCAGAAGAGGACUUGCAUAUGCUUACGGAAGCGACAAAGUCCUGUCGACUUUUGUUGGGCGGCCGCCCAGGAUCUCGAAACGAUAUUGCAAAAUCAACAUCCCACUAGACCUGGAAAGCGCCGAGCUGGCUCUUGAAGGGGAGGACCUUACCCAGGUGCUCUCGCAACUUGAUAACGCUGGCUGGAAUACCACACGUCCAACUUCUACAAGGUCGUCCUCCGGUCCCAUGUACGUCGCGGCUGCAUUGAUUCGGGAGGAGGUUCUGGAGCUCUGCCUCGGGAUACCGCAAGACGACCUGGAAGACAGAGCCAGGAGUCUCAUCAAGCGCAGCAGGGCCUUGUAUGCCUCCUACCCCAAGCGCCUUCAAUAUGACCCAAGUCAGGCCGUACAUGACCCGCCUUCGUUCACAGCGGUGCACUCGUACCUGGAUCAUAUAUACAAUGAGUUUAUGCUGCAACGAUUGCUAGUGCGUCGAGUUCAUGAUCCAAACGAAGUUGUGCUUCUUGCUCACCAAAUCAUCGAAGCGAUAAUAGCUCAGAGAAACGCGAGAGACGAAGUUGAUUCGGGCAUGAGCAUAGCAUGGAGCGUCGUGCUUUACGGCAUACCCGCCGCUGGCGUUCUUGCUCUCGAAUUGCUGCAGCUGAACGUCAAGGCCGUGUCGCAUGCGAAGAUCAAACAAAAUUUGUGUGUCUUCAUCUCCUAUCUGAAGUGGGUUCAUAUUCCAGGAGAGGGCAAUUACGCUCUUGCCAUGCGAGCCUGGGAGAUUCUGGAACACAUUGUCGACAAAAUACUCUCAACGGAGACGAUGCAGCAGUCCCAGAGUAGAGUCGCUGCUUCGGAGCCUCUUGACGUUGAUCACAUCGGCAUUAUGGACGAAUUCGGCGUUCUGGACUUCUCCUGGCUUGACCAGAGUCACUUCGAUCAAACGUUGUGGGAUGGCCUCAAUGCGAUGGUGUGA